CACAUGCUCUUAUAAGGAACCCUUCCUUGCUAUUCAUUUUACAUCAACUCUCAUCACUCACUCUCUCUUUUAUCUAUUUUUUCCUUUCCAUCUCAAGUUGUAAAAAAAAAUGGCGUCAAACUCUAAAAGUUCAAUCUCUUCAUCAUGGACGUUUGAUCAAAACAAGAUGUUCGAGAGGGCCUUGGCAAUUUACGACAAGGACACACCCGACCGGUGGCACAAUGUUGCAAAAGCUAUCGAAGGGAAAUCUGUAGAGGAAGUGAAGCGUCACUAUGACAUUCUCGUUGAGGAUCUCAUCAACAUCGAGACUGGUCGUGUCCCUUUGCCCAAAUACAAGAACAAGACCUUCAACUCUAAAUCCAGAGGCACCAACGACUUAAACUCGAGGAUGAUGAAGAAUUUGAAGAUCUAAGUUUAUCACACCAGCGUGAAGGUCGAAGUUUAUGCAUCAACUUGUGAAGAAGACCUUGUAAAGAUUCAGAUGGAUAUGUGAUUCUUUUGUCUUCUGAUUAGUUAGUUAUGUUUGUAUUGAUCAUUCUCUUUCGUAUUUCUCUCUCUCUCUCUCUCUCUCUCUAAUUUUUCUGCUCAGAACAGAUCAUAGUAUUGUCUUAAUUUGUUUUCUAUUUUAAUUUGUGUUCUAUUUUAAUUGAAGAAAUUAUUGUCUUAA